CCUAAGACGCACUCUAUCAUCUGCCCACAAACACUCCAAUUUCCAAAGCGAACACCUCUUCGCAAAAUGGAAGCCUGUCAUUUCUCUGAGUUGAUCCCGGGUUUUCCGGACGAACUCAGCCUCGAAUGCCUCUCGCGGCUGCCGCACACCUCCCAGCGAGGCGCUUCCGCCGUCUGCCGCCGGUGGCGCCACCUCCUCCGGAGCCGAGAUUUCUACCAUCUCCGGCGGAAGCUCGGGCACACCCGCAAGCUCGCCUGCCUGGUCCAGGCCCUCCCGAGUCAGCUCCCGCCGGGCGGGCGCAAGCCGGUCGGACCGCCCGCCUACGCCAUCACCGUCUUCGACCCGGAGGCCGGGACCUGGGACCUGCUCGACCCGGUUCCGGACUACCCGGACGGGCUGCCGCUGUUCUGCCGCCUCGCGAGCUGCGACGGCGAGCUGGUGGCCCUCGGAGGGUGGCACCCGGCGAGGUACGAGCCGGUGGCCGACGUCUUCGUGUACGACUUCGCGGCGCGGCGGUGGCGGCGGGGCGCGUCGAUGCCCCGGACGACGUCGUUCUUCGCCGUCGGCGCGCACGGCGGGCGCGUGUACGUGGCCGGGGGCCACGACGAGGGCAAGAACGCCCUGCGGUCCGCGUGGGCGUACGACGUGGGGAGGGACGAGUGGGCGGAGCUGGCCCCGAUGAGCCGCGGCCGGGACGAGUGCGAGGGGAUGGUGGCGGCGGGGGGGCGGUGCUUCUGGGUGGUCAGCGGGUACGGGACGGAGGACCAGGGCGGGUUCGAUGGGAGCGCGGAGGUGUACGAGUUCGGGACGGGGGAGUGGCGGCGGGCGGAGGGUGUGUGGGAGCCGGGGCGGUGCCCGAGCUCGUGCGCCGCGGUGGGGGGCGACGGGAGGGCGUUCAAUUGGGCCGACUCGGACGCGGCGGUCCGGGCCGGGACGUGCCGGGUCGACCUCGGCGGCGGAGGAGGGCGGACCCUGGUCGUGGGGUCGGAGUACGAGGGGGCGCCGCAGGGGUUCUACGUGGCGCAGGGGCAGAACGGUAAAUUGGAGAAGAUCGACGUGCCCGAGAAGUUCUCCGGGUUCGCCCGAACCGGGUGCUGCGUCGAAGUUUAGGGCGUGCAAUUUUGGUCACGGUCCAAAUCGGGAGAUUUUCCUUUCUUUUCUGUUUACUGGUUUUUUGAUCUUGACAAACGUUUGGACAUGGAUGGCUUAUGUGCGGUUGUGAACAGGAUUGUCUCUAGCCAGGAAACGCCUGUAAGUAAUAGUCAAAUUGUUUCCUCAGUUCCUU